AAUCUCUUUGUUGAAUGAAGAUGUAAAAUCCAGAUUAUUAUAUUCAAAAAUACUCUUCUAGGUCUUGUUUUACCGAUUUAGGGGGCAAAAAUGGGGCGGAGUAUAUCAAGGUCGCCGUCGUAUCACCGGCGGAGAUACUCCCGUUCUCCGGUCAGACACUCCCGCCGUAGUCGCCGUGACCGCUCUCCUUACUCUUCGAGGCGCAAAAGUCGAUCUCCUACACCUAGACGACGUAGAAGUCGGUCUCCACCUAUAAGGCGUCGAAGAAGUCGAUCUCCUACACCGAGGCGUCACAAGAGACAAAGAAGCAUAAGUUCAUCGUUAUCCCCUUUACCCAAGUCACCUAGUCCAAGUCUCAAGUCGAAUGAGCAAAAGAAUGCCCUUGAAAAAUUGAGGAAGGAAGAAGAAGAAAGGGAAAGGCGCCAACAGGAGGAAGAGCUCAAACAAUUAGAAGAGGAGACUGCAAAGAGACUGGAAGAAGCAAUUCGGAAAAAAGUGGAGGAGAAGAUGGGUUCUGAAGAAGUUAAAGUAGAAAUAGAGAGGAGGAUAGAGGAAGGCCGGAAAAAGGCAUUUGAUGAUGUAGAAGUUCAACUAAAAAAUGAAAAAGAAGCAGCUUUGACUGAAGCAAGGAGGAAAGAAGAACAAGCUCGGAAAGAGAGAGAGGAAUUGGAUAAGAUGCUUGAGGAAAAUCGUAGACGUGUAGAGGAGGCCCAAAGAAGAGAAGCACUGGAGGCACAGCGCAAAGAGGAGGAACGCCACCGUGAGUUGGAGCUCAUUCAAAGACAGAAGGAAGAGGCUCUUCGAAGAAAGAAACUUGAAGAAGAGGAAGAACAUGAUAAUCAGAUGAGGUUAUUAGGCAAAAAUAAGUCUCGGCCAAAGGUGAUUGGGCUAUGAUACAAAUAUGGAUCAAAUUAUUUUCAGUGUUUAAUUUAAAUGUAUGUCUUAUUUUAUUUGUCUGGACAUUGCCUUUGGAGCAACAAAAUUGUGUUGACUGCUUGA